CUUUUUUAUAUUACAUUAUAAUGUAAUAGCAUAGUGCUCUAUCUCACUUUUAUGAGCGUUAUUUCUGAGUAAAACGCGUCCACACAUGAGAGAAAAGAUGUUUUUUCUCAUUUUUUAGUAACAAAAUGAAAACUCCUGAUUCAGCUGAGAUCUCGUGACACACUAUUGUAAAGAUGGCGUUUAUUAAAGAGGAGAGUGAAGACAUAAAGAUUGAAGAAGUGUUCAGUGUGAAACAUGACGAAACUGAGGAACAAACAGACCUGAUGCAGCUGAAAGAGGAGAGUCAAGAACUGGAGGAAUUGGAAGAGAAAAAUCAUGAAAAAGAUCAUGAUUUCAAAAUUGAAGAAAAAUCUUUUAGUUGCUCAAUGACAAAAAUGGUUCCCUCACAAAAAAGAGUUCUGAAGACAGAAAAUAGUAGUGCUUUCACAUGCCAACAGUGUGGAAAAUGUUUUGGUCGAAAACAAAACCUUACAAUCCACAUGAGAGUUCACACUGGAGAGAAGCCUUUCACCUGCCAGCAGUGUGGAAAGAGUUUCACUCAAAAAUCAAGCCUUAAUAUCCACAUGAAAAUUCACACUGGAAAGAGUCAUUACACCUGUCAAGAGUGUGGAAAGAGUUUUACUCAAAAAACAACCCUUAAUGUCCACAUGAGAAUUCACUCUGGAGAGAAGCCUUUUACCUGCAAUCUGUGUGGGAAGAGCUUCUCACUAAAAGGAAAUCUACAGAUUCACAUGAGAAUUCACACUGGAGAGAAGCCGUACACAUGUGAUCAGUGUGGAAAGAGUUUUCCACACAAAAAACAGAUUAAAGUCCACAUGAGAAUUCACACUGGAGAGAAGCCAUUUACAUGUGAUCUGUGUGGAAAGAGUUUUUCAAGCAAAGGACAGAUUAAAGUCCACAUGAGAAUUCACACUGGAGAGAAGUCGUUUACCUGUGAUCACUGUGGAAAGAGUUUCGGAUGUAAAUUAACUCUUAAAACCCACAUGAGCACUCACUCAAGAGAGAACCUUUUUAUAUGUCAUCAAUGUGGAAAGGGCUAUACAUACAGUAAACGUCUUAAGAGUCAUGUAUUAACUCACAUUGGAGAUACGCCUUUCAUGUGCCUUCACUGUGGAAUGACGUGCUUAAGCAAUGCAAGCCUUGAGGUUCACAUAACAAGUCACACUGAAGAGCCUUUCACGUGUCUUCAGUGUGACAUGAGUUUCGCAAAUAAAAGAAACAUGAAACAUCAUUUGAAAACUCAUUCUGGAAAGAAACUUUAAUGUUCUCCUGUUUCCACCUGAUAUUAAGAUGUGUUUUAAAUGCCACCAGCAAAUAUCUGUGAAAUUAAUUUUGGUUUCAUUUAUUCAAUUCAGUUCAAUACUUCACAAUAAAAAUGUUAGAUAAACUUCUGUCUUGGUGUGAAAUUCAACAAAGUAAAUGAAAAAAUAUAAAUAAAAGUACAAACUGAAUAAAAAA